AUGAAGAAGGGUCAGGCGGUCAUCUUGGGCUUCGGCGCGACGCUAGUAGGUGUAGCUGGGGCGUUGGGCAUCUAUCUGCCACGAUACAGCACCAUGGCGCAGAAGGGCCGCGAGCAGAAACCAUCGUCCUCCAUGUGGAAGAACAUCGAGAAGAAGUAA